AGACACUGGAAAGUGGCCGCGCCAACGUGUAACUCCUGCGUCGGGGGCGCGAUGAAGAGUCUGGUGCAAAGACUAUCGCCGCGCAAGGGUUCGUCGUCCAAGACCCUCACGGGUGGCUUUCCCGCUUUCCACGCACACAUAGCCGAGACGGACGAUGGCGACGUCGGCGUCGAGCUGAUGUCGGAUCGAGUUGUCGUUCAGAAGAAUGGAAUGCCGACGCCCAUGCGAGAGCUCCUAUUCAUCGAGAUCCGCAACAUCGAGUGGAACUACCACAGCGGAACCGUCACGUUUCACGAUGUCGCCGACGGUGUCCUUGUCGUCACGAUGUCGCCAGCGCUUUCCCAGUUUGAAGAGAGCUUGACGACUGCGCUGAAUGAGGCACAGUUGCCCCAGCUACCGGGGACCACGUACGUCGGAGUGUUUUCGGGCUCCAAGCAACCACGCAUUCUCCAGCAACUCCGUUCAUCUUUGGUGCGUCCCGAACGACGCACAAAGAUCCCCCUCGCCCUCCGCCGCGAGUUGCUCCUGGCAGACCGACCCCCGCCGUCGUCCGUGGUCGUCCCCAGUCGCGACGCCGUCUGCCUCGAAUUCCUUCGCCACGGAACCAUGACGUUUCUCGACGCAGCCACUCCAUCCAACUCGCUCAUCGUGACCGAGACGCAUCUCGUCCUCGUUCAAGACGAGCCUGCCAAGAUGGAGCGCAUUGCUCCAUACGAUUCCAUCGAGUCGAUCCAUCCAAACAUGUUGCGGUCGGCUGUGGAGCUCCGCUUCGUCGAUGCGUCAGCCCCCCCUGUCUUGUUUCCCACGACAGAGCCCGCGCUGGUGUGCCAGGCCGUGUGGUUCUUCCUGAAUCAGCUUUCGGACAAAACGGCUGCGUCGGCCAACGUGGUGCCGGCGUCGCUGUACGGCCGUCCUGUGUAUUCCAGCGCGGCGGUAACGUCACCAGUGCCGUCGUCCACUUGCCGCCACGACAGCGGCGGACCGUCCUCCGCGCGCUGGGUCAAACAUCAAGGCCCGCUAUCCAAGACGGCGAGCGAAGGAUUCCACCUGACGCAGUCAUGGAAGAAAAAGCACGCGAUCCUCCACGACUCGCCCUUGGGGGCAUGGCUGAGCUAUGCCGACACGGCGGAAAAAACAGAGCCAUCUUCCAAACGCAUCGACCUCGCGUCCGUUUUGUGCAUUCGACCGCAGGCGGCGCUCCCGGACGCCCCACCGUUCUCGUUUGACAUCGUUACGCUGUACCGCACGUGGAGUUUUUGUGCCGCCGACGAAGCGGACCGUGCGGCAUGGCUUCGGGUAUUGGGGGAGCAUGUGGAUCUGGCGGCGGCGCUCGUUCCCGAUGCCCCGUUGUCAUGCGAAGUCAAGCUUGCUACCCAGCAACCUCUCGACGACGCAGCAACAACUCGUGGUCCGACCCCUCUGACCAGCGCCACUCUCGCCAUCGCAAGCGAUGGCAUCCGCCUGACCACCGCCCCAUCGUCGGACGUGUCGACGAUCGAGUGGUACUUUACUGACAUUCACAAAUGGUCGCUGGCGCUGCAGCCCCAGCCGUCGCUUUGCUUGAGCUGCUUUAUGGAUGCGAGUUGCUCCAAAGUCGGCGAGUUUGUGCUCCAAACCAAGAACGCCGCGGCCAUGUGCCAAGCCAUCGAGUUCCACGUAGCCAAGUGCCUCGCCAAAGUUGACGUCCUCCAUGAAGCUCGAGCCGUCAAGGUCGGCCAGACCCCACCAGGCCCUGCGAAAGACGACUCGAUCGCGCCAGCGACACCACCUCCGCCGACCACGACGAAGAUCGAUGUCGUGCUCGGACUACCUCCGUACCAGCGCGUGUUUCAUGCUGUUCAGCCGAUCGUGCUGCCUCCGCUUCCCCCGAUUCAGUCCUUCCGCCGCGUGUCCGUCAUGUAGGCGGCGUCCGCAGUCGCCGUACCCUUUGCUUUGAAUGCAUGAGUUGAAUACAUGUUUACGUCAAUGUAGUCCACGGACGAGAACGCUGCUGCAAUCCCGCCAGCGUUUCCUCGAUCGCGUCCACCUGCUUUCGUAUGGAUCGACGGCGGCCUUUGCCAUUCGGCCCGGCAUGCUCCUUUAGUUGCCGUUCCAACGCAGCGAUCUUGGCAGUCAAUUCGGCAGCAUUUCCUUCGCCGAGCCAUUUGUGCUCGCUGCAGAACACCCGCGUCGCCGCCUUUGACGAAGGUUGUUCACCGCACGCGCUGCACAGCAUGACGUGCAUGCGGCAGUACGAGCACCGAAUCCCAGUAAUGUCG